AUGGAUCUUUUCAAUCGGAAAGCCGAUAUAUGGAGGCUGCAGGAGGAAUUAGAACAAUCAGGGCUUUUACCUUCACAGCGAAGAGACUCUCAAGGCGACUACAUGGUCUCUGACUGCGUGCCAGACUCGGAUGGACCACCGCAGUCCUGGCUAGACAUCUUUGAAGAACUACCAGCAUCGACAAAGGACAGGAUUGAGCUGCCGAAUAUCAAUUUCUCGGAAUGGCAGCUUACAGAGUCGGAGAGCUGUCUCAUGCCCGAGAAACUCAAGAGUGAAGCGAAGAGCAGGACUCCGCUUCAUGAAGCAGCCUUGCACGGUCAAUUGGCAGCAGCCAAGUUUUUGUUGUCAUACUCUAGAAUUGACGCAGAAGUCGGUGAUGUUGAUGGCAAGACGGCAGCGGAAAUAGCACCGGAUCGCGGAUACCACGAUAUCCAUAACCUUUUCAUCACUCACAUGAGAGGGCGAUGA